CUAAUUGUGUAAACUUCUAGGGACACGUAAAUAUUGUUAGUGACAUGAACGCAAGUCGGCUAAAUAAAAAUUUUCAGUUAAUAUUUUAUUGAAUAAAAUUAUAUUAAAAAUCUGUGAAUAGAAACAUGGGUUCCGUGCUGCGGGAAAAGCAAAUAAGUGCUUUGAGGCGAAUGUUGAAUUUUAAUGCAAAUAUUAGCAAAGUAGCUGUUGCUGAACCAGUUUGGAAGGUAUUAGUAUAUGAUCGGUAUGGUCAAGAUAUUAUUUCCCCUUUGCUUUCUGUGAAAGAACUUCGAGAAAUGGGAGUAACUCUGCAUCUCCUCCUGCAUUCUGACAGAGAGCCCAUUCCAGAUGUACCUAUUGUAUACUUUGUUAUGCCAAAUGAAGAAAAUAUCAACAGAAUUGCUCAGGAUUUUCGGGAUCAACUAUAUGAUAUUUAUUAUUUGAAUUUCAUCUCACCGAUUUCCCGACACAAACUUGAAGAUCUGGCGAGUGCUUCAAUACUAGCUGGAUGUGUAUCCUCAAUAAAUUCAGUAUUUGACCAAUAUCUAAAUUUUAUAACCAUUGAAGAUGAUAUGUACAUAUUACGGCACCAUGAUCGAAGUUCUUUAAACUACUUUGCUGUAAAUAGAGGUGAUGUUAAAGACACAGAAAUAGAACAGAUCAUAGAUAAUAUUGUCGAUAGCCUAUUUUCUGUAUUUGUUACAUUAGGUGUUGUACCUAUAAUUCGUAGUCCUAGAGGCAAUGCUGCAGAAAUGGUUGCUGAGAAACUAGAUAAAAAAAUUCGAGAAAAUCUUCGGGAUUCAAGAAACAGCUUGUUUGCUCCAGAUGGUAUGCCUAGUUCAUUUGCAUUCCAGAGACCACUUUUAGUAGUGCUAGACAGAAAUCAGGAUAUGGCAACACCUUUACAUCACACAUGGACAUACCAGGCACUUGCACAUGAUGUUUUGGAUCUGCAGCUGAAUCGUGUAACUAUGGAUGAAACAACAGAGAAAACAACUCACUUAGGAGCAAGACCACGAAAACGAACAAAAACUUUUGAUCUUUCCUGCACUGAUAAAUUUUGGACGCAAUAUAAAGGAAGCCCAUUCCCCAUUGUUGCUGAAGCAGUUCAAGAAGAGCUAGAUUCAUACAGAACAUCUGAAGAAGAAGUAAAAAGGCUGAAAGCUGCCAUGGGUUUGGAAGGUGAUAAUGCUGCUACGGAUGAAGUGAUUGGAAAUGUCUCAGAUAAUACUGCAAAAUUAACAUCAGCUGUUAGCUCGCUGCCUGAACUUUUGGAGAAGAAAAGACUCAUUGAUAUGCAUAUGACAAUUGCUACUGCAAUAUUGGAUCAUAUCAAAAGUCGAAAAUUAGAUGUAUAUUUUGAAAUAGAAGAGAAGAUUAUGGGAAAAGCAACUUUAGAAAAGUCAUUAAUGGAUAUGAUUACUGAUCCUGAAGCUGGUUUACCUAGUGACAAAUUAAGACUGUUCUUGAUUAGCUUCAUUUGUGGAUCAACAAUGACUGAAGCUGAAGUUGAUCAAUACGUAACUGCUCUACAAGAUGCAGGAUGUGAUGGUGAAACUGUUCAGUAUAUGAGAAGGUGGAAGACAUACAGCAAAUUAUCAACACAUUCCACAAAUCAGUAUAGUGGUGGAACCAAAACAGUAAGCAUGUUUUCCAAGCUAAUGUCUCAUGGAUCCCAAUUUGUCAUGGAAGGAGUCAAAAAUUUGGUAGUAAAAAAACAUAAUUUGCCUAUUACAAGGAUAGUUGAUUCAUUGAUGGAGCUCAAAUCAUUACCUGAAACUGAAGAUUACAGAUAUUUUGAUCCAAAACUCUUACGUGCCACAGACAGUUCUUCAGUUCCUAGAAAUCGAGCUCCAUUCCUAGAUGGAAAGUCAAAUCCACCAACAAAAAGAAUAAUUUAUGGCUGUACAGACCUUGUAAAUGCUGAUCAAUUCUUAAAACAACUGCAUCAAUUGGGAGCAGAAUUCAAAUGAUGUUUCCAUGUUGUUGCCUUUUUACAUGCCUAAAUGCCUGAUAUACCUUAUUGAAAACUCUCUGUAUAUAACCUGUAUCUACAUUUUUUCUCAAAGACAGACCAUGUUAAAAAAAAGGGACUUUUCACAUAUUUUGUACAUCAUACAGUUCCAUUAAAAUUUAUCUUUCUUAAUGUU